GGCCUGGAAGUUGGCACCAGGACCUCCUCCACUUGGAGCCCCCGCUGGAUCCUCUCGGCGCCUCGGCGUGGGGACGAACCUUGCUCGGCGGCCCAGCGCCCUGGAGCGUCAACAAUCAAGUGACUAUGAGUCUGUUAAACUGUGAAAACAGCUGUGAGUCCAGCCAGUCUGAAAGUGACUGCUGUGCCGCCAUGGCCAGCUCCUGCAGCACCUCAGCGAAAGAUGACAGUGUGAGCAGCACUCCCAGCACAGGGAACCUCUCGAGCUCCUUCAUGGAAGAGAUCCAGGGCUAUGAUGUAGAGUUCGACCCACCACUGGAAAGCAAAUACGAAUGCCCCAUUUGCUUGAUGGCUUUACGGGAAGCCGUGCAGACACCAUGUGGCCACAGGUUCUGUAAAGCCUGCAUCAUCAAAUCUAUCAGGGAUGCAGGUCACAAGUGUCCGGUGGACAAUGAAAUCCUAUUGGAAAACCAACUGUUUCCCGACAAUUUUGCAAAACGAGAGAUUCUUUCUCUGAUGGUUAAGUGUCCAAAUGAAGGUUGUCUGCACAAAAUGGAACUGAGACAUCUUGAGGAUCAUAAAGCUCAUUGCGAGUUUGCUCUUAUGAAUUGUCCCCAAUGCCAGCGUCCCUUGCCGAAAUUCCAAUUUAAUAUUCACAUUCUCGAGGAUUGUCCAAGGAGACAAGUUUCUUGUAUUAACUGUGCUGUAUCCAUGGCAUUUGAAGAGAAAGAGAUCCAUGACCAGAACUGCCCUUUGGCAAAUGUCAUCUGUGAAUACUGCAAUACCAUGCUCAUCAGAGAACAGAUGCCUAAUCAUUAUGAUCUAGACUGUCCUACAGCCCCAAUCCCAUGCACAUUCAGUACCUUUGGUUGCCAUGAAAAGAUGCAGAGAAAUCACUUGGCACGCCAUCUGCAAGAGAAUACACAGUCACACAUGAGAAUGCUGGCCCAGGCUGUUCACAGUAUAAACCUCGCUUUACCCACCUAUGAUAACUCUCUGCCACGGGCUUAUGACCCAGAUGUCCAGAACUUCAUGGAAACCAUUCAGCAUUUAGAAGGUCGCCUUGUAAGACAGGACCAUCAAAUCCGAGAGCUGACUGCUAAAAUGGAAACUCAAAGUAUGUACGUGAGUGAGCUCAAACGAACCAUACGUAGCCUUGAGGACAAAGUUGCUGAAAUUGAAGCACAGCAGUGCAAUGGGAUUUACAUUUGGAAGAUCGGCAACUUUGGGAUGCACUUGAAAUCUCAAGAAGAAGAGAAACCUGUUGUCAUUCAUAGCCCUGGAUUCUACACAGGCAAACCUGGGUACAAACUCUGCAUGCGCCUGCACCUGCAGUUACCAACUGCUCAGCGCUGCGCUAACUACAUAUCCCUCUUUGUCCACACCAUGCAAGGUGAGUAUGACAGCCACCUCCCCUGGCCCUUCCAAGGUACAAUACGCCUCACAAUUCUUGAUCAGUCUGAAGCACCAAUCAGGCAAAACCAUGAAGAAGUUAUGGAUGCCAAACCAGAACUUCUUGCUUUCCAGCGGCCUACCAUCCCACGGAACCCCAAGGGUUUUGGCUAUGUAACAUUUAUGCAUCUUGAAGCCUUAAGACAGAGAACCUUCAUUAAGGAUGACACAUUAUUAGUACGCUGUGAAGUCUCCACCCGCUUUGACAUGGGAAGCCUUCGAAAGGAGGGCUUCCAGCCACGAAGUACUGACACAGGGGUAUAGUAUCACCUUGUUUAUUUUAAAACAACUAUCUGGGAAAACAGUGCCUUUUCUAUUCUAUUCUCAAUACUGAUCAAUUUACUUCCCGCCAAUGAAUGUUCUACAAGAGGACAGUUACCCGUCCUGUUACAUAUGUGUAAGGAAGGGUUUUUUUUCCCCUUGGAGAUCUACACAUUCCAUGCUUUUUUCUACCAUGUUACACCUGAAGGGCCUGAGGAUAUCAGUAGCUGUUGUGUCAGAUUACCUCUUUUGUUGUACUUUCAUGGGCUGCUGCUCCAAUGUGUUUGAUUGUCAAAAAGCCCAGAGUUGGAGCUGUACAACUCAAACUUUUCAUAACAAUGGACUUUGCUUUAAAAUGUCAGUUUAUUUUUGUAGUAUUGUAUGUAAUAUACUAAAUGCAAGAAUCACUACUACCUGUGCUAGUGCCAACAGGGAGAGUUGUUGCUCUACAUACUAAGUUCUCAAAUGUGGCCUACUGAUUGCCAAGGAUUUGAACCAAGAUCCUUAAAAGCUUAAGUUCUCAUUCAUCCUAAGUCUCCCUCAGGAUGUUAACUAAGGAUAUUCAGGGACUGGUUUAAACAUAAGAAUAGCCUUACUUGUUUAGUGUAAAUAUGGAUAGGAGCUGGUGUUUCAUUCUUCCUUGCUUACAUGUCCUUGAGCCCACAGUGGCAGUACCCUCAGUGGCAGCUUCUCCAGAGUUUAUAAUGCUAAAUGCCUUGUGGGUACCACCUGUGAGUGCUAAACUAUGUGAACUCAAUAGCCCUGGGAAUGUCUUCGUUUAUGGCCACAAAAUCACUAACAUAAAAAUUACAAGCUAUCACCAACUAUAUGGCAUCUCAGUGAUGUGAAUCUUCCAAACACCCUCUAAUUUAGGUAAAUUAAAUGAAACAAAACUGAUUUUCUAAAAUCACUGGUUCACACCUCUACUCCUACCUGGGAGGCUGAGAUUAGGAGGAUCAUAUUUGUAGGCCAGCUAGGCAGAAAAGUUUGUGUGAGACCCCCUUCUUGACUGAGAGCUGAAUGUGGUGACAAGUGCCUGUUGUUCUGCUGCAAUGGGAAACCUAAAAUAAGUGGAUAAUGGCUCAGGCAUGUGCAUGGGCAGGAAACAAUCACUGAAAAUGAAGUCUUGAAGCACAUAUCAGAGGAUGAGCAUCUGCCUAGCAAGCACAAGACUCUUGUACUGCCAAAAAAAAAGAAACUUUUUUAAAACUUGGGACAUAGGUCAGAGGUCCCUGACUUCACUCACUGACCCAGAUUAGAUACCAUAGUGGUUGUAUCGUGACAGUUUAAAUGAAUUGCCUUAGUCAGUUAUGCUAUGUUCUGAGGCCCAUCCUCUGGAAUGUAUUGAAGUACCCAGGUGUUCCUAAUAGAGAUGAAUUUUGUGCCAUUCUGUAUUAAGGCCUGUAUAUGUAAAAUGCUAUGGAAUCUAGUUCUCAAAGAGUACCACACCUAGGGUGAACUCUUAAGAAGAAUCUAAGUGGAUCCAUCCACUGCUGUUUAUACAAGUUUAUUUAACAAGAGAUGGCAUUGUACCUUUCAAGAAGCCAACUCAGAGCCCCUGACCACUGUUCAAGAUCUGCCUCAAUUUCAAGGGGAUACCAUGGACCUUCUCCACGAAAAGGACUCUAGUUUUCAACUGCAAGCAAAUACCACAUUGAUCUUUCCCUUUAUCCCCGCUCCUGUUCUUGUUUUUAAUCUCUUCUUCUGGUGAUUUUUGUUCAAGUGGAAAUAAAGGUCAAGGAGAGAUCCUUGUUUCCUUACACUGUGCCAAUACCACAAGCUCAUCACUAGCUACCUGGUUAUUCCAGAACAUUUGUGCCUCUUAACCAUGCUUGCACACAUCAUCGCAACACCAUCCUCUAGGUAGGGGAACCUGCACUGCUGCUAUUCCUCUGAUCAUUUUCCAUUGAAUAAAUCAUUAUCAAAUCCCAUUUAAAAAGCAGUAGUUAUUUUUUGUAUUUGCAUAAAAAAAGCUUGAAGGAAAUAAAACUGAACUGUUUUU